AUGGGCAAACGAAAGCGGAACUCUGCCGAGAAGAUAAUGCCGGAGUCCGAACAGAUAUUCAGGGGCCUCUCAUUCUUCUACGUGCCCAACAGCGAUGUCGGCGGCGUUCGAAAGUUGCGCAUUGCGAAAGCGCAAAACUACGGUGCUCGAUGGACAAGGAAUAUCGCAGAUGCGACACAUGUCAUUGUUGAUAAGCCAUUGAGAUACGCGGAUCUUGAGCCUGUGCUAGGGCCAGUCAAGGGUGAUGAUUCGCUUACUCUGGUAUCUGAGGAGUACCCGCUGGACUGCAUUCAAUUUCGCCGCCUCUUGAAUGCAAACCAAUUCCGUUAUCAGAUACCCGGCUGCCCCAAGACGCCGUCAGCGGAGAAAGAUGCAGUUCCAGGACCGCCAGCAUCAUCGCAGAAGUCAGACAAGUCUCUAGAGUUGAAGGCCCGACAGACGAAUCCGUCCAAGUGGGAUUACGUUCCACCUCAGGGCACACCAUCUCGAAGCGAGGAGUCUUCUCAUCCAAGUCAGAGAAGGAGCUCUCCGCAACACCGCUCACCUUCUGAAUCGUCACCUGGUGUAUGGCUUGCUCAAGACAGGGUUGUUCGGUCUCUUUCUCCCGUUGUCCCGAGAAGCAAUGACGACGCCCUUGAGGAAGUAGAGCCUCCGCAGUCACAGGAACACCAAUACCAGCUGGAGCCACCAUCCAAGGACGAGCUCUCGGAUUUGAUCGAGAUUGCGCAACAGUAUAAGGAUCUGCCUUUGGACGAAGAGGAUGACCAGCGGUCUGCUGAGGACGACAACGACGCCGCGGAGAGCGGAUCAGGUUCUGAUGGGGAGCAUGCUCGGAAGAAGCUCAAGAAAAAUCGAACGAGAUCUGGACGUAAGGAUAUAGCAUUUGAGGAGCGGUUCGCCUGCUACCAGGGAGGCACAAAAGACAAGGCGGCCCAAAGUGCGAAUCCUAAUGCUAGUACCAUCGAAGUCUUGCAAAAAAUGCUCGACUAUUACGACUGCGUCAAUGACAACUGGCGAAUUCUUGCGUACAGAAAAGCAAUUGCCACUUUACGGCGUCAACCUGUUAAGAUUACUACCGCUGCCGAAGCAGAACUGUUGCCUGGUAUUGGCUCACGGUUGAGUCAGAAGAUUGAAGAGAUUGUCAACACAAACGGCCUUAAACGGUUAGAGUACGCUGAGAAGGAACCUAUGAACGAGGUCCUGCAGCAUUUCCUGAAGAUAUACGACGUAGGCUUGAGUACAGCCAACAAAUGGAUCGCACAAGGCCACAAGACGCUGGACGACCUUCUCCAGAAGGCCAACUUAACGACGAACCAACGCCUAGGUAUUGAGCACUACGAUGAUCUGAAUAGCCGCAUCCCGCGCAGUGAAGUCACGGCACUGGGAGAGUAUGUGAAGAAGGCUGCGAGCAGACUGGACCCUCAAGUUGAGCUACUUAUCGGAGGCAGUUAUCGCAGGGGUUCGGACAGUUCUGGGGACAUCGAUUUUAUCGUGACGAAAAAGGGGACAACGUCUAGCAACGACCUCGUCCCCUUCCUGCAAAAGCUACUAAGUGUGCUUGAGAAGGAUGGGUUUAUCGUCGCCACGCUAGCAGCAUUGAAUGCGCAUCGAUCGAGCAGGGAAGACCCAGGAAGCAAAUGGCAUGGAUGCUGUGCUUUGCCACAUAGCCCUGGCAGCUCAAAUGGCAGCAAUGCCAAUCAGCGUGUGUGGCGUCGUAUUGAUUUCCUCCUGGUGCCAGAGACUGAGUACGGAGCAGCUCUCAUCUACUUCACAGGCAACGACAUCUUCAACAGAAGUAUCCGGCUACUUGCCUCGAAAAAGGGAAUGAGGCUCAACCAGCGUGGACUGUUCAAAGAUGUCAUGAGAGGGCCAGCAAGGCAGAAGAUCACCGAAGGGGACCUGGUGGAGGGAAGGAACGAGAAGAGGAUAUUUGAGAUCCUUGGAGUGAGGUGGAGAGAGCCAUCACAACGAUGGUGUUGA